UUUUUUGGUCAUGGAAUUGACCAAAAUGUCGGACAUGACAAAGCUCCACCAAGCUGUGGCUGCAGGAGACUACAAUUUAGUGAGAAAGAUUUUGAAAAAAGGUCUCUGUGACCCAAACUACAAGGAUGUGGACUGGAAUGACCGAACCCCACUUCACUGGGCUGCAAUCAAAGGGCACAUGGAGGUGAUGCAGCUCCUUCUAGAAUAUGGAGCCAGGCCCUGCCUGGUAACUGAUGUGGGCUGGACUCCAGCUCAUUUUGCCGCCGAGUCAGGCCAUGUGAAUGUGCUCAAAGUUCUCCAUGCAUUGCACGCCGCCAUCGAUGCCCCAGACUUCUUUGGAGACACACCAAAGAGGAUCGCACAGAUCUACGGGCAGACCGCCUGUGUGGCGUUCCUGGAUAAGGCUGAGCCCGAGUGCCGGGACCACCGGCGCACCGUCAGGCAGAAGGGGCUGCCUCUGGACCAGCAGGACGAAGACUGGGAUGCCAAGAAAAGGGAGCUGGAGCUGUCUCUCCCUUCCUCGAAUCAAAACACUAAUAAGAAAAAGAAUAAGACAAUCCGAGGCCCCACCAGGCCGGGCCAUCCAAAGGAGAGAAGAGCGUGAGAAGGAGAGCAUCCUCGGCGGCUCUAGCACGCAUGUCUGCUGCGGGGGACGGUCCCUGGACCAGAGUAGGAGUUGUGAGACCUGUGCUGUCCUUACGUGAUUUUACUUAUGACCAUUAUUACCCAGACGCCUUAACUACCGGUAGCUCAGGACCUGGCAUUCGGUCUGAAACCUUGCUGGGUGUUCUCUAACCGAGCUGUUUCCUCCCUGCUGAUACGCGCUAUCCACAGGAAGUGCCAGAAAGGGCCGAGCAUUCGCUGCUUGUUUGUGAUCACCAGUCAUUUGCCCGUCAGCAUCCCCUGGCCUGCUAUGUGCCAUUAUAGAAUUUCAGGGGGGCAACGAAAGCGCUGUCCCUAAGGAAACUUGAUGGUUUCAGUGAAAAGAAAAAAGUAACAACAAAAUCUCAGAAAUCUCCUACGUACUCAGUAUAGUUAAUCUGCGACAAA